AACCUAACCCUAAAUCAAUCUCAGUCUCAUCCAGUGUAGGAAUUCAUCAAUUUUAUUGACACAAACAAAAGGGAUUCAAUAUCAAAGAAUCUUAAACAAUCUCUAGUCAUUUUUUCAGCUUAGUAAUGUAGCUCUAUCCAACUUUUCUUAUCUCAACCACUCAUCUUCAUCUUUGGAGAGAGAGAGAAAAACAGAAAUGGAUGAAGAGACAACAUGGGAGGAGAGAUUUCAUGCCCUAACUCAUAUCCUAACAAGCCCCACAAACUCACCAUCUCUUCACUCACAGUUCUUCAUCUCCACCCAAAUACCAUGCUACCUAAACUGGGACUACCCACCAGUCCUCUGCAAAAAAUAUUCCAAAACUUUCCCAUCUCUGGAUUUGAAAUGGGGUAUCUCUCUGUUCCUGAAAAGGGUUUCCAGAUUUGGUCUCCCUGAGACCUCUUGGAGGUCCAAAUGCCCAUUCCUUCAGCCGCCGCCAUUGAUUCUGGCUAAAGGAGUUGAAGAAGCUCAGUGGGGUGAAGAACAGAGAAGACAGUAUUUCAGAAAAAGACUCAGAAGGAAACCCCUUCUGACCAAUAUCAACCCUUUCAUUCCUAUUCUAGUUCCCAAUCUGUUAUUGUUUUCUCUUUUGCUCUGGGACCCUGAUCUUCCCGAUGCCAAAUGAGAUUUUUUGUUUUGUUUUUUGGGUUAACAGUUUAAUAAUCUAUGUAUCAUUAUUGUUGUGUAUACAAUUCAAUGAUUCUGUUACC